GCAUGCAGCAUUGAGGCGGAAGCGCUGUUCAGGGAGAUCGCGACUCCAACUGUUCUGAAGAAAUCGCUAUCUGGAGAGAGCUUGGACACGGCCAUGUCAUACAUCGUUGAUAUUGUGGGCAAGGUUAUUUUUGAUUCUAUCGAUGGCGAUGUGAUCAGUUUGCUUAACCAGUUCUUCGAAGGCACCAUGGGCGCCUGCAAGGAAAAGGUGUCGGUCCUGAUCACUAUGUGCCCGAAGUUGAAGGAUAUGGUCCAGUUGUGGAGGUCGCACGACAACAUCCACGAUUGGUUCCAGACUAGGACUCUCCAUGUUAUCGGGUUGCUGGCUGAAGUGCCCACGGCAAGUGCGGACGCCAUCGAGCUGACUGGUAUCUCCGAGGAUCAGUUGCCACUUUCAGUAGAGCUAUCCGAUCGGAUCACAAAGGCGCGCGCCUUCUUGGAAGGCACACUGGUAAAGGCUUCGACGGCUGACGCCUGCUUGUACGACCUUGAAGAGUGUACCGUUCACUGGAUUAACAUUAUCAAGACAUCGCACACCGUCGGUCAAUUCAAAAAAAAAAAAAAGAAGAAUCAAUCGGACUUGGCCCAGAUGGAGCGCGGGAUCAUUAGCGAACUGAAAGGCACUUCAGUAUCCGCGUUGAGGGAUUCGCUCGACUCCGAACUUUCCGAGGAGCACAAGAGGACCAACAAAGACGACCUCGUGGAGCUUUUGGCGGCCACUGAGCUCGCGUCUAAGAGAGCAGAGGAAGAUGAACUUCAGAGCGUGUGGAAUGAACGGACCAAGGACUUCUACGCCAAGCUCGCGCCAGACAUGAGCUCAUACAGGAGGCUGCUGUACUCGCCUACCCACUUCGUGGAUUCGAAACUCUGGAAGGCACUCUCUGCGAGCUCCAAAGUGGGACGAUGGAUGACCGAGUGGACGAUCAAGGAGUCGUCCCUGCGCGCGGCCAUGGGCAAGCUGUCCUCUGACGGCGCAAAUUUAAGGAAGCACGUGCUCUUCUACAGGCCGAACAAACUCUGGCCUGAGACCGCUGAGAUCGCUGAGGGCGGCGGGGCUGGGGGCGAUCUACCUGGGGCCGCCGCGGCCGCCGCGACCGCCGCGACCGAGGCCGGGGGCGAGAUCGACGCGACCAAAUCCCAGGAGUCCCAGCCCAAGGUCGAGCUUGGCCCAGAAUUGAAGCUGCGCUUGUUCGGGAAGGUAUUGCCUUGCCCGGCAAACCAGCCGCCGAUAGCAUGGAAAAAGUGCUUCAAGUGCGCAGACGUUGGCGGCAUCGGCCUCUACGUAGUUCCAGAGCCCGCGAUGCUCGACGUCACUUCUGACUCAUGCGUUCAUGGAUGGGCGCGCCGCAUGUUCGAGACAUCCGUCGAGGAUGAGAACUCUUAUUGGUUAAAGCAGCCGAGCGUCAGGAAGUCCAAGGGCGCUGGCAUGGAGCUGACCGAGAAAGACAGCACCUACCUCAAGCCGUUCGACGCGCCGACUGCCACCUGGGAGCGCGCGUGGAAGAA